CACUGCUCGAGCCCGGAAGAAGAUUGAGGCGCCAAAUUUUGUAUUUACCGUUCACGGUCAAAUUGAAAGAAAGACGGAAUGAAUCAUGAAUCUUAAAGGAAAAGCGAACGGGGAGCCAAACACCAACAGCGAUGGAGAUGCCAUUAAGGUGUUUGUGCGGGUUCGACCGUUGACUCAGGGCACCGGGUUAACAACAGAUGGCGAUCACAAUUUGUGCCUGACAGUGACGUCUCCUCAAAACGUCAGACUGCACUGCAAACCUGAGCCACGAAACUUCACCUAUGACCAUGUUGCUGAUAUGAACACAAGCCAGGAGGAGGUUUUCUCCAGCGUGGCUAAAAACAUUGUGGAGUCGUGCAUGAAUGGAUACAAUGGCACGAUUUUUGCCUAUGGUCAAACAGGCUCAGGAAAAACCUUUACUAUGUUAGGUCCCUCAGAGCUGGAUAAUUUCUCAGAUGAGAUGCGUGGUGUGAUUCCUCGAAGUUUUGAAUACCUUUUCUUUCUCAUCAACAGAGAGGUGGAGAGGUCUGGUGGUAUGAAGAGUUUCCUCUGUAAGUGUUCAUUUAUAGAGAUCUACAAUGAGCAGAUUUAUGACCUGCUGGACAGCGUGUCCACCAGCCUGUUUCUGCGAGAGGACAUCAAAAGAGGCGUCUUUGUGGAAGGAGCCGUGGAAAAAUAUGCAGCGUCUGCCGCAGAGGCUUAUCAGGUGUUGUCAAUGGGGUGGAGGAAUCGGCGAGUGGCGUCCACCUCAAUGAACCGAGAAUCAUCUCGUUCACAUGCCGUGUUCACCAUGACACUUGAGUCAAAGGAGACAGGACAGGAAGUGGUCAACAUCCGUACCUCCCAGCUCAACCUGGUCGAUCUCGCUGGGUCAGAGAGACAGCGGGACACACAUGCAGAGGGUUCACGACUUAAGGAGGCAAGCAGCAUAAACCGAUCACUCAUGUGUCUCGGUCAGGUCAUCAUGGCCCUUAUGGAUGUGUCCAAUGGAAAGAACCGCCACAUCUGCUACAGAGAUUCCAAAUUGACAUUCUUGCUCAGGGACUCUCUGGGUGGAAAUGCUAAGACGUUCAUCAUUGCUAACGUUCAUCCUGGCUCCAAGUGCUUUGGAGAGACCCUGUCCACGCUGCAGUUCGCUCAGAGAGCCAAGCUCAUCAAAAACAAGGCUAUGGUGAAUGAAGACACUCAGGGUAACGUCAGACAACUACAGGCAGAGGUGCGAAAACUGAAGGAGCAGCUCGCAAAUGCUCUUUCACAAACACUCGUCACUGAGCUCCAGCCUGCAAACCAACAAACAGGCCAGUGUGAUGAUGAGGUUUCCUAUAAAGCGCAGUUCAUUCAGGCCAUGCACUUCUGGAAGAAAGGACAGGAGGAGAAGAAGGCGUUUCAAGAGAAGAUUUCUCAGCUGGAGACUGCAUGGGCUCAAAAAGAAAAGUUCAUCCAGUCCAACCGUAUGAUACUGAAGUUCAGAGAUGAUCACAUUGCUCAGCUGAAGAAAGAGCUUCAGACGGGCCAAAGAGCAGAACCUGAGGAACAAAACCGUCAGCUCCAGGAGGAGAUACGACUGCUGCGAGAUCAGGUUGAGCGUCAUCCACGGAUUAUGCGUUAUGCAGCAGAGAACUGUGGUCUGCGGGAGGAGAUCAGAGCCCUGCGCUCUCUGGAUUCAGUCAGAUCUGCUGCUGACCUCGAGCUUCAGUCUUUAACCGCAUUGGAGAAAACCUUCUUACAACUGCUGGAGGCUCAGAAAACAGAUGAGACCGAAAAAGCUCCACCCACUUACUCCACACCUGUCACCAUGGAGACGUUAUCAUCUAUUUCUGGGGAGAGGAUGAAGGUUCAGCUGCUGCAGAAACAGUCUGAACUCACUGCAACAAUUCAGGCAUUCGAAGAGUUUAAAGAGAUGAACAAAAAACAGCUGGCUGAGUUGGAAUCUGAGAAACGGUAUCUUGAGAAAUCCAACAAGCACCUGGAGAAGAUCCUGGAGGCCACUAAAGCCCACAGUAAACAGGAAGUGUCUCAACUCAACAAGAUUCACGCUGAUACCAUUAAGAUCUUAACCACACCCACUAAAGGCUAUAACCUGAGGAAUCGAGUGGUGCUGCUCUCCAGCCCGGACUAUCUGAACGGACAGUUGGGAGAGAAUGAUGUUGAUGACAUCCAGAAUGAACAGCCACCUCCUGAGAUGAAUGAGCUAGCCUGUGAGGCUCUUACUGAAGAGCUCACGCAAAUGCAGGAACAAGCUCUUCGUGUUCAGGGCCAGUUAGAUGAAGAGGAAGCAAAGAACCGGAAACUGCUCCAGCAAAUCAGCAAGCUGGAAGAACAGGUUACCACAGCAACAGAGCAGUCCAAUCGCAAGGAAGAGAUGUUUAGUGUUGAACGGCGCUCGCUCUUGGAGGAACAGGAACUUCUGAAGGAAAGAAUCAAGACACUGGAGCAGCAGCUUGAUGAUGACAACAGAGAUAUAGAUGUGGUGCGGGUGGAGGUGCGAGAUCUGCGGGUGGUCCUGCAGUCCUCUGAUAAAGAACUGGAAGACACUCGGACAGAACUUCAGAGGCAGAAAGAAGAACACGAGAGAGAGACCACACAGCUGUCCAAGAGCCUGAUCAGCACACAACUGGAGCUGGACAACGUCAAGUUGGAGUGGGAACAGGUUUUGGAAAAGCAGCGUGUCCUUCAGGAUGCAUUUGACACGCUGCAGGCCGAGUUUCAGUUCGAGCUGGAUCAGCACACACAACAGAUGGAACUGAAGAACCGAGAGUGUUCAGAACAACAAACGCAAAUUAACGAGUUGCAGCAGAGUCUGCAAGCAGAGAAAGACCAAAACAACAGCGUGAGAUCCCAGCUGACUGCACAUAAAGAAAGUGUGUCCAAAGAGCUUGUGCAGUCCAUAGAGGAGAAUGAUUCUUUAAAGAAACAGAUAAUUGACCUGACAAACAAAAACCGACAACAGUGCGAGGAGAUCGAUGCUUUGAAGCAGAGUUUGUGUUCAGCCAAUAUGGCCGUCAGUGAUCUCAAACAGAAGAUCGAACAGGACAAAGAUGUGGUUUUGGAGCUAAUGCAGAAGACCAGAGAUCUUCGAAGCGAGGCCGCUGAGAAAGACCAGACUGUGUGUUUGCUACGAGGAGAGAUUGCUGACAUCAGCGUGAAAUAUAACACGGUGUGCUCUGAGAAAGAGCAGAUGAAGGAGAAGACCUCAAAUAUGCAGAAUGAACUACAGGAGCUGCGAGAAGCUUCGGAGAGACGUCUCGCCUCUGACCGUGUAGAGCUGGAGCUGAUACAGGAAGAUCUGGCGUACGCUACAGAUGAGGUGGAGAGACUCAGUAAAGUAGUGAAUGAACAGACCGCUUUACUGGAAGAUUCAAAGGCCCUUAACAUAGAGAGAGAGAACAAUGUCAACACGCUGAAGGAACAGGUGAAACAGCUGAAUGAACAGAUUGACUUGUUGAAAAUGAGAGAAUCUGUCAAUCAACCUUCAGAUGUCCCCGCCACACCUAAAGGAAAAAUGCAGACGCCCAAAACCCCAGUUGGGUUUAGUUCGAGUCUGUCUCAGGUGUUGGAGUGUCAGGAGAGAGAGCUGGAGAGCCGACGUUCCUCCAUGAUCACAAUGGAAGUUUUACUGGAGGAACUCAAUGCUGAACGCACCGCCAAGAACCAAGAGAUUGACAGAUUAAAGGCCCAGCUGAAUGAAAAGGAGAUCAUGCGAAUGGAGAUCCAGACACUGUUGGACACAUUUCUCACAAAACAGAAUCAAGUUCAGAAGAACAGCAGCACGAGUCAACAAGAAGAUCUACAAGAGACCAUACAUCUAUCUGUGCUUCGAGAACUACAAGAAGAGCGGAAAAACAAAAACUCCCUGAUGUUGCAGUUAACUGAUGCUCAAACAGAGUUACAGCGUAAUGAGGUCACACUUGCCCAGUCUCAAACAUGUGUGCAGGAACUCACCACUGAACUCAGGAAUCGCUGUUUGGAGCUCAGAGAUCUGCGAGAGAAAGACCAACAACAGGAAAAACUGCAGCAGGAAGUUGAAGUACUGAGGAAGCAGGUGGAUCAUCUGACUGAGGAGAAUGGGAAACUGUUGGGUCACCAAAACCCCAAGCAGAAAAUCGAGUACCUUGUCAAACUGAAGAAGGAGAUCACCAAACUACAGGAGGAGAACGGCAAACUCAGACAGGUUCUUCACAUGGAAGAGAUUCCUACAGCAGGCUUACAACAUGCACAACCUUGACAUCCUACAUUCUUUUUAUUAAUAAAUUAGAUUUAAUUUUAGUUUUUAGAUCUUACAUCUGAUGUUUUUGUCUUAUAUGAAAGCCAUUGUACAAUGUUGUUGUUUUUUUUUUAAGUUGACACAAACAAAAUGGCUGGAUAUGUAUCUGAACGGUAGCUAUUUGUACUUGUAAUUAUUUUUCUAUGAAAUGUUUUUAUUAAAGCCAUCUAAGUAAAAAAUUUUACAUAAACUUGUGCUGCUCUUGUUUAUUUUCUCUUAAUUUUGAUAAGAAGGUAGAAAGACCAAACAUUUAUGAAUAAACAUAUACAUUUUUGUUUAAAUGGCACCUCUCUGUGAUUGUGAGACCUGUGAGUAGAAGUCCCGCCUUUAAAUAAAAUGAGCCAAUCAUUACAGACUGUAUUGGUUCUGUACAGUGUUGUGAAAUGGUAACUGCAACAUUAAUGAAAUUGGUUUUGAUAUGGGAUUUGGUCUGGUAUAACAAAUAUGGCCACAUAUUUAGUUCAGAGACUUUUUAGAGAGAUGUUGUAUCAAGCUUGAUAUAAGUGAAUACGUUUUGGGUUAAAGGGCCUCAUUUAAAGAAAAGAUUAAAUAAUUCAUGACAUCGAUUGCAUGAACCGUGGGCAUUCUUCAUGAUACACAUUUAUUGCCAGUCACACAAUGUGUGCUUUGUUUUUAUUUAAAUCCUUUACAUUCAGUCUUAUGUAUAUAAUACAGCAAAAUAAAAGUACAAACAGUACACUGAAAAACUUGCUUGCUCUUGCUGUCUUAUUUCAAAGUACAAUAAAAAAACUUUAUUAAAUUAAAUAUUUCAUAAUUAAAGUUUCAUUAUUCUUGAUCUCU